AUGAACGGGACCCACAUGAACCAAACGAUCAAGGGAAGAGUUAAGAAGCCUCACAGCUCCUGUUCCGGAACAGUCGCUUUUCGUGACGUUCCUUUCUACGAAAAGACUGCGGAGCUGUUGAUGUGUACACUUCCCUUCCAACGUCAUGUUUAUGAUCCUGGUGGGAACCAGUUUCUCCAUGAAGUUCAUCAAAUGCAAAAGGUUGGGGAAGAAGAAAAUCACUUGCGAAGACACAGAUCACCUUCCUACGACAUUGAACCUUGA